AUGUUUCUUUUUCAGUUCUGUUUUGAAGGGAUGGAGGAAAGCGGCUCAGUAGGCCUGCCUGAACUCCUAGAACGUAGCAAAAAUACAUUCUUGGCUGAUGUGGACUUCGUUUGCAUUUCCGACAGCUACUGGCUGGGAACAACAAAACCAUGCCUUACACAUGGACUUAGAGGGAUUACAUCCUUCAAGAUUGAGGUCACUGGUAUUCAACAAGAUCUCCACUCUGGAGUGUAUGGAGGAGUUGUGUGA